AUGGUGAACAGUGGACGGGUGUCUCGCGUGGGAGAUUUACGGGAUAUCUUUAAGAAAGAAGAAGAAGAAAUGAUGAUGGUGGUUACGAAAACGACUUUUCUGGACGACGACGACGAGAAGUCAGAAGAAGAAGAAGAAAUUGUAGAGACCGAGAGGCAAGAAGACGGAGAAGAGGAAGAAGAAAAAGGAGGAGAUGAUGAAGAAGAAGAUAAAGAAGAAAACGUGUACGAAGUCUCCGUGCGCGUCUUGGGCACUUUGGAAAGUUUCGACGCUUCAAAUUCCGUCGGUGUUUUGAAAGACGACGCGUUCGCGCUCACCUUCGACGCGUCUUCAAUGUCGCCGACGUUUAAGUGGAAGUUGAAGAGUUUAUAUUUUUUGAUUGGGGAGUACGAAAAAUGUUCGUUUUCUUCUCCAUCGUCGACUUCGACGCGGUUUUCUAUUUUACGAAACGGUGUUUUACGCGUUCGGAUAGCGCAGAACGCGAGCGGCUUGGACGUGAACGCGUAUCACGAAGCCGCGAAGAUUAGAGAGGAGUUUUUACACUAG